CUAGUGGGCCUGGGCCCCCAUAUUAAACCCAAGAAAAUUUCAUGUCUCUCGACCCUUUAAAAGCCUUUCACCCCAAACAUCCGAGAAAACCCUAAUCAAAGAUUGCAGGUUGCGGCGUAGCCAGUAGCAUUAUCAUUUUCAGAUCUUCACUUCCUCAGAGAGACAAAAACUAACGAUGUCUUCCAGUGAGCUUGCCUGCACUUACGCUUGUUUGAUCCUCCACGACGACGGCAUUCCCGUCACCGCGGAGAAGAUUGCUGCACUGGUGAAGGCAGCGAAUCUUACCGUUGAAUCUUACUGGUUCAGCUUGUUUGCUAAGCUCGCCGAGAAGAGAAACCUGGAGGAGCUCAUCAUGAAUGUUGGGUCCGGUGGCGGUGGCGGUGCUGUUGCCGUUUCUGCCCCAGCCGCCGCCGGCGGUGCUGCUGCCGCAGCUCCUCCUCCCGAGGAAAAGAAGGAAGAGCCAAAGGAGGAGAGUGAUGACGAUAUGGGAUUUAGCUUGUUCGAUUAGGAGCUCCUUUCAGUAUGUUUUGGUCCUUCUAUGGAAUACUUUGUUUACCUUGCUUGUAGUUCCUUAUUGAAUUUUAUAUAUGUAGCCAUCUUGGGAGAGGUCUCUAGAAGUUUGGGAUUGUGAACCUUUAAACACUUCUCUGUUCUUUCUUAAUUUAAGUGUCGGAUUUUUAUGUCUUAA